CCCACACCUUAUCCGACUCCUCCCCAGCUGUAGCCUAUUGUAAAGAUGGCGUCCAUCAUGGAGGGACCGCUUAGCAAGUGGACCAACGUUAUGAAAGGUUGGCAGUACCGCUGGUUCGUUUUGGACUACAACGCCGGCUUACUGUCAUACUACACGUCAAAAGACAAGAUGAUGCGAGGAUCCAGAAGAGGCUGUGUGCGACUCAGGGGAGCUGUGAUCGGUAUUGAUGACGAGGACGACAGCACAUUCACCAUCACUGUGGACCAGAAGACUUUCCAUUUCCAAGCCCGAGAUGCAGACGAGCGGGAGAAGUGGAUCCACGCCUUAGAGGGAACCAUCCUCCGUCACACCCUCCAACUCAGAGAGGCCGAGACGGGAUUAGUGCCGAGUGUCCAAGACUUUGAUAAGAAGCUAUCUGAAGCUGACGCCUACCUACAGAUUCUGAUUGACCAGUUAAAGCUGUUUGAUGAGAAGAUCAAGGACUGCAAAGAGGAUGAAUCACGCAGAAAAAUUGAAAGUUUGAAGGAGACGACUUGUAGCAUGGUAGAGUCCAUCAAGCACUGUAUUGUACUGCUGCAAAUCGCCAAGGACCAAAGUAACGAACAGCAACACGCAAACGGACUUAUAAGCACCAUAAACCCAGUGGAUGGGAUCUUCCAACCCAAUCUGGACACUCCUGUAGUCGACACCACGAUGCCAACUCAGACCACACUACCCACAGACGCUUCUCAGGUGUGUAAAUCAGACCAACGGCCCUCAACGUUACCCGUUGGUCCCGUCGUCACGGUGAUGGGCAGUCUGCAGACCCCAACUCCCAACAGCACAGGGAGCGGCCCGUCUGGCCCCAGCAGCGGAGUCGCCUCCCCGGCUCACAUCCCCCUCCCCUCGCACUCGGUGCCGGACUUCUCCUACUCCUCCAGCGAGGACGAGUUCUACGAUGCUGACGAGUUCUACCAGAGCAGCACUUCCCCCAAACACUGCAUAGAUCCCUCAGGGCCUCAGGCUGCCUCCCUCACUAAUGAAGCAACAGCACUGAAACGACCAGACACCACCGAGUCCCUCAACUCGUCCAUGUCCAACGGCACCACAGAUGCAGACCAGUUUGACAGCCACGAUGACCGCGACGAUGAAGGUGAGGGUGAGUCUGUGGAGGAGCACAAGAGCGUCAUCAUGCAUCUUCUCUCUCAAGUGCGUCUGGGCAUGGACCUCACGAAGGUGGUCCUGCCUACCUUCAUCCUGGAGAGGAGAUCUUUGUUAGAAAUGUACGCAGACUUCUUUGCACAUCCCGACCUAUUUGUAAGUAUCGCUGAGCAGGCGGAGGCCCGGGACCGCAUGGUGCACGUGGUGAAGUGGUACCUGUCAGCUUUCCAUGCGGGGAGGAAAGGAUCGGUGGCCAAGAAACCGUACAACCCGAUCCUGGGAGAAGUCUUCUACUGCCACUGGGAUCUGCCCAGCGAAACAGAGGAGCCUUCCCUGCACACGGAGACGGUCUCAGAAGGUCCAGUACCGUGGUCUUCAUCCAACAGUGUGUGUUUUGUAGCAGAGCAGGUCUCUCACCACCCCCCCAUUUCUGCAUUCUACGCAGAAUGUUUAAAUAAGAAGAUCCAGUUCAACGCUCACAUCUGGACUAAGUCUAAGUUCUUAGGGAUGUCCAUAGGUGUCCACAAUAUUGGCCAAGGCUGCGUGUCGUGUUUGGAGCACGACGAACAUUACAUCCUCACCUUCCCUAACGGAUACGGCAGGUCGAUCCUGACGGUGCCUUGGGUGGAGCUGGGUGGGGAGUGCAACAUCUCCUGCUCCAAGUCGGGCUACAGCGCGAACAUCGUGUUCCACACCAAACCUUUCUACGGCGGGAAGAAGCACAGGAUCACCGCUGAGAUUUUUUCACCGAAUGAUAAGAAGUCUUUCUGCUCCAUCGAAGGCGAGUGGAACGGAGUGAUGUAUGCCAAGUGGGCGACUGGAGAGAACACAGUGUUCAUAGACACGAGGAGGAUAGGCAUCAUUAAGAAGAAAGUGAGGAAGGCGGAGGACCAGCUCGACUACGAGUCCCGAAGAUUGUGGAGAGACGUGACGUUGAACCUGAAGCUGAAAGACAUCGAUGCUGCGACAGAAGCCAAACACCGGCUGGAGGAGAAACAGAGAGCCGAGGCCAGAGAGAGGAAGGAGAACGAGCAGCAGUGGGAGACCAGGCUAUUCCACGAGGACGGGGAGUGCUGGGUGUACGACGAGCCUCUACUAAAGAGAUUUACCUCCCAGGGGCACUGAGAAGACGACGCACACUCUGAUAACACACACCGUACAUAUGCAUAAAGAAAUGCACACACGACAGAGUCUUCAUAAGAACUCUUUUGCAAAAAAAUAACACUUCUUUUCGAAGCCUUGGAAUGACUGAUGAUUGAAUAUGUACACAGCUUUGCAUUUGACUGUAAAACAACAAUAUGGAAAAUGAAUGAAAUCGAAUGGAAAAGCAUCAAAGAUGUGUAACAUGAGAACUGGUAAAGCUCCUCUCCUUAUUUGGGCAAUGUCACUUCCACUUCCACCACCACCGAUACCCACCGCCACGAGACUUCGCGACGACGGGAGGGUCGUCUCGUCUCUGAUCCGCACCCUUCAUCAGCUCCACAGGACGCGCCACAGCAGCACUCAAUGCCCUACGAACACAUGGGGGUUUUUUUGGGAGGGGGGGGGGGGGUGGCAAGGUGUGUGUGUGUGGUUGGUGGUGUUCAAAUCAAAUAAACCUUGACAAGUAAAACGGCGCUCUACAUCUCAGGGAAUCUGGUGACUGAGGAAAGAAAGCUGCUGCCCCCCCCUCCGAGAGUCUGACAGCCUUAUAUGAUAACGGUGGAAGGGAUGAAUCUUAAAGGGGCGGGGGGGGGGGAGAAAUUCCCCGCUUGCCUGCGACUAGUUGUAACUGUUGUUUAUAUAUAGAUAUACAUAUGAUGGAUAUAUAAAUAUAUAUUCUUUUUUUUUUUUCUUGUUUAUUUUUCUUUCUGGCAAUAGUGUAAAAAAGAUAUUUGAGGAUAUGAACUUGAUGGCUUUACAUCUUUUAGGAAUCAUUCCAUUUACCCUUUUGGUCUCUUUAUGUUCCCAUUUCAAGUUAACUUCACGCUGUUCUGUGUCUCGAGUGUUGUUACCCAGAAGCCAUAGCAUCUGAACUCACUGAUUUGGGAGAGUUGUGAUCGAUUUGUGGAAUAUAUGCAAAAUAGAGAUCAUUGUCGAAGGACAAACUUUGGGUGUCCGUUAUGCCAAAAAAAAAAAGGUUUAGAUAAAAGGAGAACAAAUAAUCCUCAGAAAAAUGUGUCCAUGUUACCUGAAGGCAUUUAUGAACAAAUGAUUGUUUACAUAUUUUUGUCUUUCCUGGACGGCUGGUUCACGACGAGGACGUGAAGCUGUGAAGUUUCCCUUUGCGCCUCGUUUCCGCUCCAAACCCUCCGAGUGGAUCACCCUAAUGGUGAAGAGUGAAAACACAAAACACCAGAGUAGACUCUACGAGACAGCCACAUAGAUACAAUAUUUAUCCGACUGUACACCUCUGCUUCGUUAAACCAUCUUGCAUUCUCGUAUUUACAGCUGCGCAGGUUGGAUGUAAAUGCAAUGAUAUUUGGAUGAAAUAAAUGUUCACCUGAAAAUGCACAAGAAUAUCUCAAUGCUGUAGCGAGCUCACAACAGUCCCUUCUUAUCUUUGUGGUUAACUUUCGAGAUUUGUUUAUCGUCUGUUCUGGAUUGUUUGCCUCUGAUUCAUUUACAUUAUUAUUAAAAGACUUAAAUCUUAAAAUGAUUGACUCUGGUGAAGGGAUCUAUAAAGACAAACAUUCCUGCCGUGAAGGUUUUGAUGCCUGUAGUUGCAGCGUUUGCAUUGAGUCCUACUUUAAUCUAAAGCAGACAAAUUCCUUUAGAAAUGAGCAAAUGAAUAUUCAGUGUACGAGAUAAAUGUGUUCAUUUCGUUUUUUUCCUCCAUGUUUGUCUUUGUAAACUAUAUUGAAUCGAGGCCUUGCCAUACAUUUCAGUAUCACUCAGUAUCGCCUGAUAGAGAGCAAUCAAAAUGUAUUUUUUAUUUCAUUUUGAUCAUAACCAUUGAUUGUAUGAGAUUUUCCUGUUUAUUGAUGCAUAAUAUUAAAUCUCCAUGAGUUCAUUCCU